CGAGAACGCAAUAUCCUGGGUUCCAGACGAACGACGUUGCAUUUUCCCGCGUUUGUCCGUAGCAUUCUUCAACUUUACCCUCCCGUAUCCGUUCUCUCGUGUGUUUCCGUGUUUCUGUGUCCGUCUCGGUGUGGUCUUUUCUCUCUUUCCGGAGUCUCCUUUCGCUGGGUUGCUUCUCCAUCUCACGGGGUGAACUUCAUUCCUCUUCUUUCGGAGUCCUCCUGGUGUCGUUUUUCAUCCGCGUGCGGUCCUUCCGUCUUCCCAAAGAGUUUUUCUACAGCUCCUUUCCUCUGUUGUUUACCUUGAGCUACACCUCUCAUAAACAUCUUUCGACCAGCGAAGAAGAUGGGACUGCAAGUGGAAACGCAGUCCUUUCUGCUACGGCAGAUUUUCCGCCUGGUGCUGGACUGCUUGGUCGUGGGGGUAUUUCUCGGUUGCAUGGCGUACAUUGCAACGGUUGAAAACACGUGGACAACAGUGUCGGCGCGCUUUGUGCCGUCACUCCUGGGGUGGGCCACUUUCCUUUCCUCGAUUUUUAUCUUCGAGCCCCUGUACCAGCUGUAUGACGGGAUAACGACGGGGCAGUGGCCGUCGUGGAUCUCGCGGCCAGGUGCGGAGGCACACAUGCACGGGCAGUUUUCACUGGAGAAGAGAUCUGGGAUGAAGGCCCGCGAGGAGAACCUUGUGGAACCCGACUCGCAGAAGGCUUUGUUCCGCACGAAGCACAAAGCACUGCGCUUCAACCGACUCGUGACGGACUUCAAGAUGCGCCGGAAACUCAAGUUUCGCCAGGGCUUCGUCAAGGCAUCGGUGGUGCGUGUACUCUACUGGCAUCACCUGAUCCGACACCGGAUCCACCGCGUUAGCAGCAGGCCUUCCUUCGCUCUCGCGACCGUCGUCUGGAACUUCGCGUGGUCUGUGUCAUGGUGCCUGACGCUUCAGCGCUGGCGCCGAGACAGCUACGACGACCAGUGGGACUUCAGCAUGCUCCACGGGUCGGACUACGCGACGCAGGAGUUCUUCCUGUCUGCGGCCACUCUCGAGUUCCUCAUGAUCUUCCUCCAACAGACGGAGAUCCUGCAGAUGCUCCUGUGGCCGUCGUUCUGGAUCGAAAUGUUCACGCUGCCGCCACUCACGGUGCUCGUCUACUUCACCUUCACGUCCGUUUUCUUGAACCACUUCAUUGCAGCAGAGAUCCUCCUCCUCACGGGCUGGCUGCGCUGGAUCAAGACCUUCUUCAUGACGCGCUUCAUCAGUGCGUCGGUCGUCUGGGGCAACGCGACCAAGGGUCAUGUCGUCCAGCUCGUUCUCGGAAUCAUUUUCCUGCUCACAGCCUUCGCUGCCGCCAUGUUCACGUCCGACGGCGUGAAUCCCGAGUCGAUUGGCGACCUAGACCGGAACGUGUACACCCUGAAGGAGAUGUUUAACUUUUGGUACUUUGGAGUCGUCACCAUGUCCACCGUCGGGUACGGAGACAUCUCGCCGCGGACGAUGACGGGGCAGUGCUUCUGCAUCGCCUUCAUCGUCACCGCCUUGAUUUGGCUGCCCAGCGAGUUUGGUCGCCUCAUCGAGUCCCUGACGUCGCGGAGAAAAGUCUGGGGGCGUCUGCCGCUGCGAAUCGACCACACGGCCUUCGUCCUCCUGCUCGGCGACGUCGAACCCGCCCAGCUGUCCACCUUCUUGCAGGAGGUGCGGCUGCGGAGAGCUGUGCCCCCGAAGAUCGUGGUCCUGAGCAACCACCAGUUCGAGGACUACCGGAACCAGAUGGAGGAGGCGCAGAGCGGCCAGAUUCGUCUGUGUCUCGUCACGGGCGAGGCGGGAAUCGGCGGCGACCCUUCGGACCUUCUCAUGGUCCAGCCGAACCACUCGCAGGGGGUCUUCGUGCUCUCUUCUCCGUCCGCACUGACGGCGUACUACGACCGCCAAACGCUCACGAGGCUCCUCAGUUUGAUGCGGCUCCGAAUCGACCCGUCCCACGUCGCCGUGCAGCUGUGCACGAACGUUUGCGCCAACAUUAUCGCCUCCAUGGGCUGUCUGAACUACUCAAUUCUGAGCGACUUAAAGAUGGGUUUGAUUGCGAAGGCCCUCUGCGGCCACUCGGGCAUCAUUCCCCUCAUUUGCAACCUCUCUGGCAGCACCUAUCCAGAUGUGCCUCUUGGGAAGCUCACGAAGCAGUUCCCGCCCGAAACACUUCCUGGCCUCUGCGAAUAUGUCAAAGGCGCCCUGCACUCCUUGUACGCCUUUCGCGUCCCGCCCUGCAUGUUUGGGGUCCCCUUCGAGGAGAUCUGCCUUGGCUUGUACUACUGUGCAAACAUCAUCUGCGUCGGGAUCGAGCGCGACCCGGAGCCCAGACGUGUCGAUGACGAAACCGCUUUCGGGUGCGGCAUAGGCUGCGCGAAUGUCGGCACUCUCUGCAAGCGCAUGCUCGAAAGGAAGCCCCAGAAAAAGUCAAACCGUCGCCGCGCGUCAGCCAGCUCCGUCUCGCCGGCAAACAGUUCCAUGCCGCUCUGCUUGGCCUCCCAGUCCUCAUCGGACUUCCAAACUCUGACGCCCCGCUCCAGAGACGGAUCGCCUGGCGUGCGAGGCGAGGGGGCCCUCCCGCGGCAGGGUUUGCAGGCAGACGGCGCUCAUGACUCCGACGGGUCUCGCCAUGUCAGUUUCUUACCCUCAGGCAACGCUGUGAACGCCAGGACUCGUGCGCGGGCCUCGCCGACCCUACGAGCACGCAAGCGAGCCGGGGGAAGCGGCUCGGACUCCGGCAGCCACGGCGAGCAGAGGGAAGACCAGCGGUCUCACCCAGACGGCUUGUCCCCAGAGAGAAGGCACACUUCCGUCUCUGGCCUUAAACAGCCGAAGGCAGCGCCUCAUUUCUGUCCCUCGCUGUCUUGUUGUUCUUCCGUCCUCACUCCGGAGGAAGCGAAUUCGGACUCGCACAAGACCCAGUCGAGCCCCAGAGACCCCGGGCUUCCCUUCUACGGGCCUUCUGCGGCUCAAAAGAUCUCCUUCUGGGUCAACCCCGCAGGCGCGCACUACUGCCUGAGUGAGGGAGACAAGUGCGUGAUCAUCGCGCCGUCGGUGGGCGCCGCCGAGUUCCUCGAGUCCGCCACAGUGGUCCCGUGGUCCCAUGUUUUCUCGUCGCCUUUGGGGCGCUUCGUGGACCUGCUGGCGACUCAGCCGGCGCGGGCAGCGGCGCAGGCGGCGGGGCAGGCAGUUGCUUUGGCUGUGGACGCGAAGGAAGCGAUGCAAGUGGCAAUCACGGCCACGAAGGAUGCCGUCGGGAACGUGGCGAGAACGGGGUCUGACGAUGAAGGUUCCGCUGUGUUGAGCGCCCGCGAUGACGACAUGUUGUCGAAGAAAGCAGGAGGGACUGGAACUCAGGUGACGCAGACACUGUCGCCGAAGAAGCACAGAGAACGCCCAAACCCACCCGGCGGCGUCGCGGGCGGCGCUCGCGGGCUGACAGGGGUCGGAGGUGACCCGGCGACGCCCCAGGAAGGGAAGCGCGAUAAGAGCUUCCUGGACAAACCGACGCAAGCCAAAACAGUCAAAGGGCCGCCGGACAGCCAAGGCCAGGGAGACAGUGCAGGGAACGUGCAGAAGGAAGGCAGUCAGGAAGGGAACAAACUCCGGAAUGGUGAGGAGACAGCGCCGGGAGCGGACGGGCAGCACGAAGGCAGUCGACACGUUUCCGGCUCAACUCACGAGAAGCGUGAGGUUGAAGAAAGCCAGGUGCGCGGCCGCAGUCAGCCGCGAGAAGAAACCCCAGCCUUGGGCAUGGACGCAGGUUCACUCGUCGCCACAGUCGACGGACUUCAAAGGCUCCGGGGCCCAGACGAAAGGAAGCAGAGCAGGCUGAGCGAGGGAAGCCUGCAGUGGUCACGGACAGGCGAGCGAGAGAAGACUAAGACAGCGGGAGAAGAGAAGUUGGAGCCACGUGGGCAAGCGAAGCAGUUCUCGCCUGCUGCUCAGCCCUCGAUGGCUUUCCCCCAUUCUUCUUCGACAGAGUGGGGUGACGGUCUCACUCUCGAAAACGGCGCAUCCGGAGCCCCAGUCUCUGACAGUCGGCUGUCUCUUCGCCCUGGGAACUCCAGAGCGGUUUGCUCGGCCUCCGUACGAGAGUCGCGUGACGCGCGUCCCGAAGCUCAGCAGCGCUUUUUUUCGAAUCCAGAAGACAAGGCCUUUUCCACGGACCGCUCGGCCAGUUUUACAUCUUCCCCAGGCAGAAAAAGGCAGAGAGGAGAGUCGAAUAACGUCGAGGCUUCUUACUCGUUCCCAAGCCCUUCUUCACGCAAGUCGUCGUGGGAGGCAGAGCCUCACUCACCUUCUUCGUGUUACCGCCCUGCCUAUUCAGUCCAUCCUCAGGCGCCUUCCGACUCGCCUGCAGUUUCGUCUGCCGGGUCUCCGUCCAACUGUCCGAAGCAGUCAAUCCCGUCGCUGCACUGCCUAACCCCUCCACCUUCUGGCUUGACCGCUCUUGCCGCAGACGGGAGGGCAGCUUCAGAAGUUUCCGCGUCUUCAAUCGGGGCGCUCGCUCCUCGCCUUCUCCCGCUCCAUUUUGCCCAGCCUGCGUUUCCCCUCGACGGCGAUAGGGAGCCGGCAAACGUAGAGAACGUGGCGUCUUCACUGAACACAGAGAGACCGAGUGAGGCGUCGAGUUGGACGCUCGACGAGGGUGGUGGCUAUGUCUCUUCGCGGGAGCUGAAUCGCGGCAGGCGCUCUCACGAUCACCUGCUCAGAGGAGAGCGAGACCGCGACGAACCAGGCUUGAAAACAGGGAGAAGCUGGGCAAAGAUGCCGGCAGCCAUACCCUCGCCUCUGCAGCUCCGAGAGGGAAGAACAACCGAGAUCAGUCCGUCUGCAGCUGCCGGCGCCAGCACUGUCAUCAAGAGGCUGUUCAGCGCCGCCGCGGGGCCAGGAAUUUCUGACCGCCAUCCCAUCCAGGCCUGGGAUGAUGGAGGGGAUGAAGAAGCGACCGUUCCCGUGGUACACGUCGGUGACCAAGAGGAUGAUGACCGUGAUCUGGAUCCGCUAUCCGUCGGGUGUGCAGAAGGGGGACAUGCAAGCACGAAGGUCGUUUCUUCUUUUCCAGAGGCGGAAGACGACCCCGGGGAAGCGGAACGUAGUAUAGACGCAUUUAAGAAACACGGGUCCAGACAUAGUGGACGAGACGUUCCGGAGAGAGGCAUUUCUCGGGAUGCUGCCGCGCGAGACGAAGGUGGAGUGACGGCUGAUCCAAGGAGAAGCGCGGCUGUAGCGGGAAACGGGGAUUCGGACGCCUCCGAGGACUCGAGCACUGAUGAGUCUGACAUUUUCGCAGAGCCUAAUAAAUCGUAUUCUGACCAGAUCUUUGCGUCGAGCUACCAGGAAGCCCGUCGUCUUAUCUUCUUCAACCCUGACCGGCCUCUUAUUCUCAUUUGCGGAUGGCCGAAACACAUCGGAGGCUUGCUGAUGAAGAUUAAAGCUAUCGGCGGGUGGAAUGUUAUCGUUCUCACUGCAGAGGCGCCGCCGCCUUGGGGAGACUUGCGCUACGUGCUCCCGUUCCGAAGGUUCACAGCCAUCGUUCAAGCCCGGCCGCUUUCCGAGAUUAAUCUCGUCAGGGCAGGCGUUCUGGACGCUAAGCGCUUCUUUAUUUUCCCUCUCGGGCUCGACAACACACUGACCGCAACUAGUGAAUCAAUUGCGCAGCAGGAUGACCGCAAUGUCAUCCUCGUGUAUCUUCAAAUCAAGAAUUUGCUUCUUCAGAAAGCGGAUAUGCUUCUUCGUCUUCGCACAAGCUUGCCUCAGUGGCCGGGGGUUCCUGGGUGGCGAGGCCCGCCUCGCCGGUCGGGUGCGAAGACGGGUGAAGCUGCUGAAGCUCCUUCGAGAUCUGGAACGCGGAAUUUAAGGCGGAGGCGGCCUCAAAAGGAUUCCCCUGUGGCUCAGACUUCAGCCUGGCCAGCAAGGAACGACGGUGUGUUUGCUCAUCCGCUGUUUCAAAGGCAAGCAGUGCACCAGCAGUCGUUUCCUCUCUUGGACGAGGGCAGAACCGAACCGAGGGGCGAGACGCCAGAGCGUGAGCCUGUUUGUCCUCGGCAGACGCCUGCUUUUGGAAGUGAGGACAGCCUGAGGCAACAGUCACAGAAGCGUUUACGCGUUCUUCAAUCUGUUCACCGUACAGAUUAUUGUAGGCAAGAUGGUCCUGCGAAGACUGAGGACAGAGGAAAGGGCAGAGACCGUUUUUUCCACGAUGUCUCGCAACACAGUGCUUGUCCGGAAGGACGAAACAUAGAAGGCGGACUGCAACUAACAAAUUUCUUUCCCAGCCGACGUCACAGCUCGCUUCCAGUGUGUAUGAAAGAAGCGAAAGGCACAUGUGAUGAAGGCUGCGAAGAAAGGGACGGACAGCGCGGCUGGGAAUCUUGGGGAGUGCCCACCGAUCCAGAGUCAAGAGCGAAUGAGCAGCUCGGACACGGUCUCGAACAGUGCAGGAUUGUCUCAAAUCUCACUUCCGGAGAGAAGGCGAGAAGCGCUCUAGGGGACCUGCUUGCCUCUGCUACGGAAAGGUGUAGGGAGGAAGUCCAAAGUCGAAGACGUCCUUCAUCUGACCUCCGUCCAGAAGAAAAAGAGAAGGUCGAAGAAGCAGACACGAGUGUCAAGAGAGGGCAAAGCGACAGACAUCCCCAUGUCGACAGGGUAGGACAAGGCAGCACCUGGAAGGAGACGGAGGAUGAUCGUGGAGAGGAAAGCAAGAGGUCAAGCACAUGUCGGCGACGCCCUGCUGACUGUGGGUCCUCGGAUUUCCCGUUUGCAAGUGUCGGUUCGGCGGAAAUCAUGAAAAUCGCGUCGGAGGCGUCCCUGAAGACAGACUCUUCACCCUCUUGCCUCGACACAGAACUCUUGCCGCAAGAUUUUCUUCAUGGAAACCUUGAACUAGGGCGAGAAUUCUUGAGUGACAACUUGGCAAGUCCGGCGGGGUACACGGAUCGCGAAAGGGUCACCAGGGAAGGCAUGUGUGCAGCGGCUUCUACAGGGGCUCUUCAGAAUCGAGAAAGUCAACAUUUGUCUCCACCGAAACGACGAGGAGUCUCGUCUUCCCCAGCAUCAUCAUUGGCUGUCUCCAGCAGUUGCCGACGAAGGAUUACCGCGUGUCUUCGGCUGUCCAGAAUGGCGAACAACAGGGAGACAGGAGGUCACUCGGCAGCGCGUAACCGGAGCUGCGGAGAGACGACAGAUCAGCAAACGAGAAAGGAGAUCGAGGGGCGGCCGGCCGUCGCUGAAUUUGACAACCCGGUCCGUUCCCACAAAGACAAAGGAGCACAUGCGAGCAACUGUGCUGAAAACGCUGCGUCCAGUGGCGAACACCAGGGCGCGUCGCCGCUUUCACGGCAUGCCAGACGAAACGCCUUGCAAAAUAUAGAGGCAAAAGAAGAAGAAGCGCUCAUGCUCGAGUUACAUGAUCAAAACAACUGGAGAUUUGUCAACGAUGAUGAAUGGAUCGACCGGAAUGUAAAGGAUUACCCCUGCUACAGCUCAGCUACUUACCUGCUCUCUCCAGAAUAUAUCAGUGGAAACCUCUUUGCGGAUAGAAUGAAUUUCAGUUUUCUUACGCAACACCCUGCCAUCUCCCCCUACUCCGUCACGCCGCAAUUCCUCUCGGAGCUUAUUGGCUAUGCUUUCACGGGCAAUUGGCCGGGUAUUCAACUGGAGUCCAUUCCACCCUCGUCCCUGGAAGAAGGCCUCACAUUCGGAGAUUUGUUUCGUACCCUGCUUCUGGACAAGAAGAAGAUCGCUGUCGGGUUGUACCGGUGCGGUGUAGGAUCACUCAGGAGUUACGUCUAUACAUGCCCGCCGCGGCAUUGCCUUCUAGAGUCGACAGACCGGGUGUUUGUUAUUCCAGUGGGCUUCCCGCGGCCUCCCUUGUCUCCGGAAAAAGUAAUAAAGAGAGUUAAUGCAUAUCUGGCAAAGACAGUGGCUGCUAACUCUAGAUAGGUUCAUCGUUGCAUGUCAGUCGAAGACCGCGACAACGUCGCGAUGCCCCCUCGCAAGAGUAGAGACGCGAACAGAAACUACGCCCAACAUACCGAAGGCACGAGACGAAUCCGCACAAGAAAAGGUGCUACUGAGCGUGACCAGAUCGUUUACGCUUCUCUGAAUGAGCAGAGCGUCCCCAUUAAUUCCGUGAUAACAGAGAUUCCAGAUUAUGGGCCCUGUUUGUGGGUUGUCUCAAAGGGCCAUAUUCUUCUCAAAAGACUGGCAAUGACGAGCGUGUGAGACUCCCCGUGCUCUUAACUGUAUCCUCCUACCCCUGGAAACGAUAUUUCCUGGGCAUGCUGCAGAGGCGUCAUGCAGGAUUCAAUAUGUGUGGUUGGUGUCCGUGUAAAAAGUGGUAUCUACUCUUUCUCGUGGUAGGAACAGCCACGGCAGGCAUUAUGCAACUAGGUUG